AUGCUUUUCAAAAGCGUCUUCCUCACGGCCCUGUGCGCCAUCACGGCCACGGCCGUGCCCAGCCCCAACGAGGGCGAUGCGCUCGCCGCCCGCGACUAUGCGCUUCCUCCUCCGUCCUGCUGCGCCGAGGCCACCUACAGCGAGCGCGAGGGCAAGUGCGUCUGCAAGGUCCGGGACCAGAUCUACGACGCCGCCUCCGACAGCUGCCGAUGCCCUUCCGGCACGUCCCUGAUGAACAACAAGUGCGAGACCGACUGCGGCCGCGACGCCUUCUACAGCCGCGACGAGAAGUGCUGCGUCUGCAAGAACCGCGGCCAGAUGUUCGACAAGAGCUCCAAGACCUGCCGCUGCCCCGAAGGCAAGCGGUGGAACGGCCGGCACUGCGAGGCCAAGCACGACUGCGGCCACCAGGCGACCUACAGCUACAAGGACAACUGCUGCGUCUGCAAGAACCACGGGCAGAUGUUCGACAAGAGCUCCAAGACCUGCCACUGCCCGCGCGGCGAGAUGUGGAACGGCCGCCGAUGCGAGUCUUCGUGCGGACGCGAGGCCGAAUGGAGCCGCAAGGACAACUGCUGCGUCUGCAAGAACCACGGCCAGGUGUUCGACAAGCACACCAAGACCUGCGCGUGCCCGUACGGCAAGAAGUGGAACGGCCACGCGUGCAAGGCGCCUCACAGCUGCGGCCGCGACGCCAGCUACAACGGCCGCAACAGACGCUGCGAGUGCAAGCGGGAGGGCAUGGUCUUUGACAAGCACUCCAAGACCUGCGCGUGCCCCCGCGGCGAGACGUGGAACGGACGGCGAUGCGAGGCCAGCUGCGGACGCGAUGCCGAAUGGAGCCGCAAGGACAACUGCUGCGUCUGCAGGAACCACGGCCAGGUGUUUGACAAGAACUCCAAGACCUGCCGCUGCCCCCGCGGCGAGAUGUGGAACGGCCGGCGAUGCGAGCGGCGCCGGGACUGCGGCCGCGACGCGAGCUACAGCAGCCGGGAGAACUGCUGCGUCUGCCACAGCAAGGGCAAGGUCUUUGACAAGCAGUCCAAGACGUGCCACUGCCCGCGCGGCCAGCAGUGGAACUCUCGCACCCACCGAUGCGAGUACGAGGAGCCUCGCUACUGA